AUGAAGAAUGGAAAGAGGGAAGGAAAGGAAGGAGUAAGUCGGGAAGGAGGGAAGGAAAGGGGAAGCCUUGGGGGAUGCAGUUGCAUUAAAAAGGAAGGAGAAGGACAAGGAAGGGAAAGGAAGGAGGCAGGCGACAGGCGAAAAGGGACGACACAGGGACGGGAGUCAGAGAAUCAGCGAUGGUCGGAAACGCCUCACGUGGGCGUUACUGGGGGGGUGGUGGUAGCAAGGCCCGCCGAUGGAGACUUGUCUUCUUUUAAGGCCCUUGCGGCUGGCGGUUUUGAUGAUUACGAUUACGGAACGGGCGCUUUAUGCCCAUGGCGGAAAGAGGCGACCAGGCUGUGUAAUAUUGGCUGGCCUUGCUCGUUUGAAGUGUAUUUUGGGAAGGAGCCGGGAGUCAGGGAGUGUGUUCGAUACGGAAGCCGAAGAUGGCAACAGACAAGCGCAAGGGCGAACAAGGGGAAGAGCAAGGCGCCAAGCGCUCCGUAUUCAAAGUGGAAGGAGGCGGCGCCAAUACUUGGUGUUGACUCGCGCGGACGGCGAUGGGCCAGCAACGACAGCCUGGUGUGGAGGUACGACGUAUGUAGCGCUUGUGUCAUGGACAGCGUGGAAUGGGGCGGACUGCGGUCGAUAUGGGCGCAAGUGGCUGAAAGGGAUGUGGGUAACUUAGCACGACGGGCGGAUACAGAUACGUUGUGCUUUUGCCUGCUUGUGGAGAGGACGCAGGCCAGCCGAGCCAACCAGGGAAGGUAG